AUGGCUACUGCCACAGAUGAGAAGCGGGAACCUAUACCGGUAGAUGAGGCUGCUGUAGCACCUGAGCUGCCGGUAAAAGGUGAAGUCGAAGUACCAUACAGUAUAUAUACGAGUAAGGAGAAAUGGCUCAUUGUAGCCAUGGUAGCGCUCGCGGGUUUCUAUAGCCCUCUGCCUGCAAACAUCUAUUUCCCAGCCAUACCAACACUCGCCCGCGCAUUCGGCAAGUCAAUAGACGACAUCAACCAAACCGUUACCGUGUACCUGGUAUUCCAAGGAAUCAGCCCUAUGCUAUGGGGCCCCAUCAGUGACCGCUAUGGCCGUCGCCUCGUCUACCUCGUGUGCCUAGGCAUCCUCGUCGCAUCGAGCAUCGGCCUAGCACUCUGUCCCACGAAUCACUUCUGGCUUCUAUUAUUCCUACGCUGUUUCCAGUCCGGAGGUAGCGCCAGCACCAUCGCUCUUGGCGCAGGUGUCAUCGGAGACAUUUCAACGAGCAGAGAAAGAGGAGGCUACUUCGGCAUGUUCAAUCUCGGUCCUAUGCUCGCACCUUGCAUCGCACCCGCCAUCGGAGGCGCCUUGUCACAAGGACUGGGGUGGCGAUCCAUCUUCUGGUCCAUCGUCAUCAUGGUAGCCGUGUGCCUCCUGUGCAUCGCCCUUUUCCUGCCGGAGACCCUGCGCUCCAUUGCCGGAAACGGCAGUAUCCCUGUGCCUCGCUUACAACGCGCUAUCCUGCCCAUUGUAGGCCAAAAAGCAACCAAAGAAGCUUUCGACCCGGAUUCUCGCGCUAAGCCAAAGCACUCUGUAAACCCAUUCGUUCUCUUCAGUUACCCUGAUGUCAUCGUCCUGCUCACCUUUACCGGUCUCGUCUACGCUGUUAAUUACACCAUUACCGCCACCAUCUCCUCCGCUUUCGCAAAGAUCUACCCUGAUUUGUCGGAGACGGUGCUGGGACUUUGCUAUCUUCCCGUUGGCGCUGGUAUGAUUCUUGGAUCUACCAUGACGGGCAAGAUGCUCGACUGGCAGUACGCAAGCAUGAAAGAGCGGUGUGGUGACAAGUUCACCAUUGAACAUGCGAGGCUGCGUAUCAUGCCCUUUUACCUCUCCCUCUUCAUCGUCUGCGUCAUAGGCUGGGGUUGGACCAUCCAGUCAAAGGCACAUAUCGCCGUGCCGCUGAUUCUCGGCGUCAUGCUGGGAUGGACGUCGAUCGGUAUUCUCAACACUACCAUGACGCUGAAUAUUGAUAUUCUGCAAUCGCGAAGCUCGGGCGCUACGGCGUGUACGAACUUGGUGCGCUGUUCGCUGGCCGCCAUCUUGGUGUCUAUCAUCGAUCGCCAGGCGCGUGCGUGGGGCGACGGCUGGACGUAUACCUUUUGGGGCGGCAUCUGUUGCCUGUUGAUGCCGCUUAUGCUGCUGGAAAUUAAGAUGGGUCCUGUGUGGCGGAAGAAGCGAGAAGCCAAGGAGUUGGAGUCUGGGAAGGCUUGA